AUGAACCGAUUAUUGUUUUUCAGGCGCUUAUGCAAUUCUCCAUUCUUAUCGCAAGAACCUAGAGUGAAUCAGUUGGGAAUACAAUAUUUGUCCGAAGAAUUACAGAAGAAAAUAUUUCCCAGAUCGUCUACGAAAGAGUAUUUGAAUCCAAAGCGUCAAGACUUUAUAGACCUAGCCAAAAAGCACCUAGAAGAAAACCAUUUAUUAGGGAAGAAAACCACAAUCACUGAUCCCAUACGAAUAAAGAAUUUUCCUGACUUGAAUGGAAAGAGUUUAGAUGAGCAUUUCUAUAAGAUUGGAACAACAUGUUCAGAGCCCUACAAGUCAAUGGCCGAUGCAUUUUUAUUGAACGGCAAUAUACCCCAAAAACCUAAAGAGUGGUCUUUCCAAUCUGGAUGGACACGAUACGAAAACGGUAAGGAGCCGGAAAAUGUCGAGUACCCAUUAGAGGACUCAUUAGUAUUUGAUGUUGAAGUUCUAUAUCGUGUCUCGAAAUACCCUGUUUUGGCUACUUGCGUGUCGCUGAAAGCAUGGUACGGCUGGGUUUCACCACUAUUAACUGAUCUCAAAAGCAAUUCAAGCCCCGAUUUCGAGCAUUUGAUUCCACUUAAUACGAUAAAAAGUCCAAAGCUAGUUAUUGGCUACAACGUGAGCUACGAUAGAGCAAGAGUUCUAGAGGAAUAUAAUAUAAGAUCUUCAAAUGCAUUUUUUCUUGAUGGAAUGGCUCUACACGUAGCUGUAAGUGGUAUAUGUUCACAACAGCGGCCCAUGUGGCAAAAAUAUAAAAAAAGCGUAACACAAGGAGCCACUUCUAAUGAGGAGCUUACAGAUGCUGAAAGCUCUCUUUCAUACGAUCGCCAAAUUGCUCAGGAGCUUUCUGACGAUCCCUGGCUAGACAAGGGUGCAACUAACUCUCUUGCUAGUGUCGCUGAUUUUCAUUGUGGCAUCAAAAUGGACAAAUCAGAUCGAGACUACUUCAGUGAACUAGACCCGAAAAUUAUUGUAGACUCAUUUAACCAGCUAAUGACAUACUGUGCUGGAGAUGUUGAAGCUACAUUUGCAGUCACGAAGAAGCUCUAUCCUGAAUUUAUAAAAAAAGCACCGCAUCCAGUUUCAUUUGCAGCAUUAAAAGUAAUGGGAAGUUUGAUGUUACCUACAACAUCCAACUGGGAAAGUUAUACCAGGAAUUCUGAGAAGGUUUAUCAACAAAAUAGAGAAGAAGUGGGUAAAAUACUAAAGGAAAGAGCAAACUCUUUGGUGCAAUAUAUAAUCGCCGAUAAGGAGGGUUUGAAACCUAAUUGGGAAGAAGACCCUUGGCUAAGGCAAUUAAACUGGACUCUAAAGGAAAGGAGGCUCAAGAAAAAUGGAGAACCAUUUGCGAAGCAAGCCUAUUUGACAGGUUAUCCAGAAUGGUACAGGGAACUAUUCAGGACAUCUGUAGAUACUGAUGGAGUACGAGAGAUGAACUUGACAGUCCGUUCGAGAGUUACUCCUCUUCUCUUAAAAUUAAAAUGGGAAGGGUUUCCUUUGUUGUGGACUGAUUCGGCCGGGUGGUGCUUCAAAGUUCCAUUUGAAGACGAAUUGAUAGACGAUUUACAAUCCAAGAAUUACAUUAGACCGAAGUUAUCUGAGGAAGAGUUUGAAAAAUUGCUUCCCGAACUAAGAGAUAGUCAUCACAAUUUUGAGCUUUUUAAAGUUCCUCAUCCGGAAGGGUCUACUAAAAGAUGUACAUCUAUCAUGUCAAAAAGCUAUUUGCGAUACUUCGAAAAUGGAAUCUUGACUUCGGAAUAUCCGUAUGCUCAGGAUAUAUUAAAGCUUAACUCAGCGGCAUCUUAUUGGAUGGGUAAUAGGCAAAGGAUUAUGGAUCAGUUUGUUGUCUAUUCUAAUUCGAACAAGAAUCAAUUUUGGAGAACAAAAAAAGAAGCCAGCACUCAUAAAGACAUGGGAAUAAUUUUGCCAGUUUUAUGUACCAUGGGAACAAUUACUAGAAGAGCAACUGAGAACACCUGGUUGACUGCGUCGAAUGCUAAGGCAAACAGGAUCGGCUCAGAAUUAAAAGCUAUGAUCGAAGCACCUGAAGGAUACUGCUUCGUAGGAGCGGAUGUUGACUCAGAGGAGCUUUGGAUAGCAUCAAUUAUCGGAGAUUCGAUUUUUGGAAUCCAUGGAGGCACCGCAUUAGGAUGGAUGACCUUAGAAGGUGAUAAGAAUGAAAAGACAGACUUGCAUUCCAAGACAGCAGAAAUCUUGGGUAUAUCCAGAGAUGAUGCAAAAGUGUUCAAUUAUGGACGAAUCUAUGGCGCGGGCGUUAAAUUUGCGUCAAGAUUAUUGAAGCAAUGCAAUUCUAAAUUAAGCGAUGAAGAAUCAGAAAAAAUUGCCAAAAACCUAUACUCUAAGACAAAAGGACAAACGAGCAGCUCUAAAUUUUUGGAAAGAAGACUAUAUCAUGGGGGUUCGGAGUCAAUAAUAUUCAAUGCUUUAGAAGCGAUCGCAAAUGAGGAGGAACCAAGAACUCCAGUGUUGGGGGCAGCAAUUACAGAUGCUCUAGUGGCCAAAAAUUUAAACAAAAACAAUUAUUUGACUUCUAGAAUCAAUUGGACAAUUCAAAGUUCAGGAGUAGAUUAUUUGCACUUAUUGAUCACGUCGAUGGAUUACUUGCUUCAAAAGUAUCAACUUGAGGCAAGGUUAGCUCUAACAGUUCACGAUGAGAUCAGGUACCUUGCAAAAGAGAAAGAUCGGUACAUCAUAGCCUUGCUUCUUCAGAUAAGCAAUUUGUGGACAAGAGCUAUGUUUUCAGAACUGAUGGGAAUUCCUGAGGUACCUCAAAGUUGUGCUUUUUUCUCAGAGGUAGAUUUAGAUAAAGUAUUGAGGAAGGAUGUUUCGCUGACUUGUGUAACACCUUCACAUCCAACAGCAAUACCACCCGGAAAGUCUCUUGAUAUAAGAGAAUUAUUAAAGAUAUGUGAUGAUGGAGAGAUACUAAGUUCGAUGAAGAAAAAAAGAGCAAAGAUGAAUGAUAUAAAAUAUAUAGGAAGGGAGGUUGGGACACCAUCCCUAGAUCGACAUUUGAGCAAACGUUUGAGAAUUGCGAAGGCGAAGAUGCAAAUAUCGACAGACCACUUUAGUUGGCGAAAAAGUGUAAAUCAGUAUAUCAGAUUAAAGAAGAGUAUAGAAUUUGAAAAGGAAGAAUGCAAUGAAAGAUGGAACAAAAAAUCGGGGAGAGUCAAUAAAACUAAAAAUAGUGGGCCACCGAAGAAAAAGAUAGAUGAAAUUGACAUCAGUGGCAUUGGUAACGAGAUGCUAGCAAGGGAAAUUGAGAUGACUGAUGCUCACUUCUCUAAAAAGGAGUCAAAAAAGGUUAAUGAAUCCAAUAUCUACAAUAAUAGAAGCUACAUAAAGUCGCUGAUAGACCCGAAAGGAGAGCAAAAUUAUCAACCCCUUCAUGGCAAUCAACAAAACCUUGUAGAUAAUACAAAUGAGAAUUUUGAUGGGAUAGAGAAUUUUAUCAGAUCACCUCGAGCAGAAGUCCAAAUGAAAAGUCAAUCUUCUUUGAAAGACAUUUCAAAUAUUGAAUCAACUUCAUUGUUUCAAAUAGACUUAAAGCAGGAAAAAAUUCUUAUUCAGACAUUGACUCCUCAAGUCUCUUCAGAUCCCCCGUUUAGACGACGAAAGGGACAAACUGAGCAACCUGAACCUCCUUUCAGACGACGACAUCAAUCAUAUUUUUCUGAAGUAAUAAGCAGCUAA